AAUAAAAAUACAGACGAAAAACAAUUGAAAAUAUGCUCUUGCAAAGAGCUGGAGUCUCUUAAUGCUACCACGAUUAUCAGUACCUACGACAAAAGCAGCAAAAUGAAUCAGCUUGAUGGUAUAACUUCAUGGAUUGUGUGCUUGUGUGUCGUCAUGACRAACUCCAUACUUUUUGGUACUAUGUUUAUAUAUGGUAUAUUCUUUCCAUUCCUUCUGAAAGAGUUCCAGGAAAGCAAGUCAAGAACAGCUCUUGUAGCAUCUUUGUCGAUGGGCGUCCACACGCUUAUUGGUCCAAUCUCAUCCAAGAUCUGCCUUACUUUAGGAUUCCGCAACGCGAUGAUACUUGCAGGUCUAGUGAGCGCAUCAGGACUUCUAGGAUCCUCGUUUGCUCCAAACCUUUAUAUCCUCUACCUGGGCUAUGGAUURGCAUUAGGAUUUUCAGUCUCUGUGGUUUAUGUUGGAGCAUUUCAAAUCAUCCCUCUGUACUUUGACAGGCAUCGUUUUUUGGCAACAGGUGUUUUAGCUGUUGGACCUGGAGCUGGUCCUUUGAUAAUGAGCACUAUUGUGCAAGCAAUUCUGGAUCAUAUCGACUGGAGAAAGACAAUGAUGGUGUUGGCUGGUAUGCAACUGUUACCCUGUUUACUGGGAUGUACAAUUUCAAGGAGAAAUGAAAGGAUAAAAAAUGAGAGGAUUGUAGGGCAGGCUGCAUCAUUGCUCACCAAGGAAAGGUUGUGCAAGUGCUUAAGUUUAUUGGACUUUACUUUGUUAAGGGAUCCCUUGUUCAUGAUGAUUUCAAUUUCAUUUGCAAUAUCUAUACUUGGAAAUUAUACGCCGUACUUCCAUUUGGCUCAAUACGCUGCCGAGCUUGGAAUACCAGGUGAGAGUUCUUCCUGGAUGUAUUUCUCAAUCGGAACUGGAUCAAUGGUAUUCAGAAUCCUAACUGGAAAAUUACUGGACACUGGUCUCAUUCCACCUUUGAGGCUGUACCAAUUGGCAAUGAUCGUCUUCACCAUCGCACACUUCUUAGUACCUUUGACAAAGAACUUCGUACUUUUAGUUGUAUAUUCAUCCGUGAAUGGGAUUUGCGAUGGUAUAUUUGUAACGGCAGCCCUAUGCAUGAUUCUUAAAGCAUACCCUGGAAUGGGUCUUGGAUGGGCGUUAUGCUUUCAAGGUUUUAGCUUCCUUAUUUGUCCUGUUCUUGCAGGUUUUAUAUCUGACGUCAGUGGUUCAUACCAUCCUGUUUUCUUCACUGCUGCCGGGAUUCAACUGCUGUCUAUCUGUUUGAUUCAAACAACUCAGUGGAUCAAGCGUAACACUAGAACACAAGAAGAGUUAAAAAUACUUGAGCAAGAGGAUCUGAUAAUAGUUGAAAGAGAGACUGUCAUUUAAAUUGAGUAGCGAAUCGAAUCCUCUUUUUUUAUUAACAACAACGACAACAAUCUCAAUUUCUUUACUGAGUCAUUGUUGUAUGAAACGCAGAAAAAUAUAGAAAGAACGGCCCUGAGGCCUUUUAUCUAUUAUCAUUCCCAGUCCCCUCUUGAGCAAAGAAUGACCUUACGCACGCUCUUAAAAGACCUUUGGGAAAUGGUCACGUCGUGAUGGGGGCGGUACGCCUUCUCGUGACAGGGCCGUACAAACCCGUAUAUUCCCGGCUUGAAGUUCCGCGCGCUUUUAUCAAAGAAAUGGCUUAAAAAACGCUGUCAUAUGAUAAAAUGCUUAUUGACUGAGUUAGGUCGGCCCGUACGGGAAAAUAUUUGGUUUCGCUCGUUCCGUACGGCAUAAGCUCGAGGCAAAUAUUUUCCCGUACGGCCCUCCCACUCAGUCAAUAAGUACAUAGAACGUACAAAACGUAGAACGCACAUUUAACUAGGACACAUCGGUCGCACGAUGCGCGCAGGACACAUAGGAAUGUACCAUGGAAAAAAAAACAUACAAAUACAUGGAAACUACAGCUCAUAGAAAGUACG